AUGACAUGCAACGUUGGGACGACGGCAGCGGCGGAUGGAUGUAAUGAUGUAGGCGUUAGAGGAAUUGAGACGUUGCCGUAUCAUACGCACGGUGGCGUUCCCCCAAUUCAGAGGGGCGUAUCCUCCUCCAUAUUUGGUCGCUUUGCUGUGGAAGAGGCGGAUGAACUUCGGGAACUUUUACGUGUGGAACGUUGUCGGCUUGCUAAUUCUGUGCAACGUGAGGAAGUCUUGCGACAGCGCUUAAUUGUAGCGGAGGAAGGCCAUGUGUUGUACCACUUGUACUUCGAGCGGUUGCUUGAACUACUGCGCACUGACAGAGAGGAAACAUCCACCACUAGCACUAAAGAUGACUCACCACUAAUAACAAAAGAAGACCUGUUAAAAGGGCUUCACGAAGCCUUAAGAUCCGUCGGUGCAGCCACAGCUGGAGGUACAAUCAGCAAUGCCGACGGGGAAGGCUGCAUUCGUGGAAUUAAUUGCAGCGGAGCCAGCGGGGAGACGGAAUCAAUUAGUAGCGACGAACAAAAGAUGAGCGGUGGUGCGGCUGCACCUUUCGUUAACUUGUCGAACGCCACUCUCUUAACGGCUUCUGCGUUGCAGAUGAGACUGGCUAAUGCCCUGGAGUUGAGACGUCGUGAGAAAGCUAGAAAACAUGAAUUAACAAAACGGGCUCUGAAGGAUGUGCUAUGCGUGUGCGUUGAGGAAAUAGAGGCGAGGCAUGCCACUGUACUUCUUGCUCUCCGCAAUGCCGAGCGUCGUGUGGAGAGUUGUGAUAGAGAAGUAUCUGCGAUGUUGAAGUAUCGUGUGAGGCAAAUUCAAGACCCCACAGAAAACUUAGAGGGAUUACGCGAAAAGUUAGUGAGCCUGAGCCAAGAGCACGUGCGGACUCUUCAGGAAUUACGACUGUCACAACUAGAGGUGGCAGCUCUCAAGGAUGAUGUAGUGAGAGCAGAAGCAAGGGUUACUAGUUUGUCAUCGCUGAACCGUGCUGCUGACUCUCUGGAGGAUGCGCGGCAGGGUGUAUGCGAUUUCAUUCGCACAACUGCGAGUGAUAUCAGACAGCGCGUACACAGAGGCAUCACGUUGAACGAGCCGUUUAUUCAGUCCAUGCGUUCAGUUGCUUUGAAGAUUGAGGCACAGGUGGAGAGACUGCGGCCAGACGACUGGCACAGAGACGACAAUUGUUCUGGAGUAGCCGGCUCAGUGGAUACAGUGGUGGACUCAAGCAACAAGACCUGCUUAAAUAGUAAUGAACCUUGUGGAGUCAUUGCCUUGCCGAUACACGGGGUGCCUGAGAAUGGGUGGGCACCGCGCUCAAACGAGCAACGUGAAAAACUUCGGUUGCCUCUUGCAUCACGUCGCGCGGAAGUGCGGUCCGAAUCAUUGGUUGCGACUGCACUUCUUGAGGAACUUGCUCGGGUUAUGAACAAUUUUUGCCGUCUCUUGGAGAAUAAUAUGGAGCAAGCGGCAGCCAACACCCAUUCUAUCAUGCAAGCCAUCGACCGUUUUGAGACUGCUGUUGUGAACAAACUAACGGAUAUGUGGGACUCCACUCAGAGUUCACUCGCAUCAUGUGGACUCACAUCAUCACCUUCUGCCCACGGUUCAACCCCAUGUGGAACGGUGGAGCGGGAAACAUUCUGCACACGCAAUGAGACUCACCGCUGCGGUCGUAAUGACACCAGCCCAGCGGUGCAACCCCAUGCAACACCUGGAAAGACAAUCACGACAACAUCAGCGGUGCUGCCCUCAUUGAUGACUUCUCCACAACCCGAGCAGGCAGUUGCGAGCCCCCAUUGGCAGCCGGAGCCACCACAAAGGCGGUUGGUGUUGCACGAGCGUGAUUCGUUUGGCACCCCACUAUGCCGUGUUGCAAUAAUUCAACAGUAA